UUGUUAUAAAUUAAGAGAAGUUCAACUUGGCCAUUCAUUCUCACAAACCUUAACUUCAAAGAGCCCAACUAGCCCUCAACGACAGCCAUGAGCUCUGCUCCGACACCACAUGCGCUCAUUCUCCCUUAUCCUGCGCAGGGCCAUAUCCUUCCACUGAUGAAGCUCUCUUAUUGUCUCAUUGAGCGUGGAGUCCGCAUAACGUUCAUCAACACACACUUUAACCACAAUCGUAUUUUCGCUACAAAGGCGUCUGGCCAAGCUACGUUUAUUGGCGAGGAGAUUGAUGGAAUCAAUUUUGUGGCGAUCCCCGACGGCCUUGAACCGGAAGAUGAUCGGCAUGACUUCGGGGGGCUGACGCAAUCCUUGAUGAAAGUGAUGCCAAGUUUGCUAGAAGAAUUGAUUAGAGAUAAUGGUGGAGAGUUCACCUGCUUUGUUGCAGAUAUCAACAUGGCUUGGGCUCUCAAGAUCGGCAAGAAUUUGGGGCUUCGGACGGCUGCCUUUUGGCCUGCAGCAGCUGGACUUCUUGACGCCAUAUUUAGCAUCCCCGAGCUUAUUCAGAAGGGUGUCAUUGAUGAACAUGGGGCACUAAUUAAGAAGGAAGUUAUCCAGUUGAACCCAGGAGCGACUCCCUUGGACUCAACCAACCUCCCCUGGCUUUGCUUUAACGAUGCAUAUACAGAAAAAAUAAUCUUCAACUACUUCAUUACCAACAACCAGGCAACUUCUAACGCGGAGAUGAUGAUCUGCAAUAGCUAUGAGGAGGUUGAAAAACCCAUCUUCAGCAAAAUAUCACGCAUUUUACCUGUGGCGCCACUUCAUUCAAAAUGGGAAUCAAGAGAUGAUCUUAAUUUAUGUCAGUUUUGGCCAGAGGAUAAGCAAUGCAUUGCUUGGCUUGACAAACAAACAACAAAUUCUGUUAUUUAUGCGUCUUUUGGCAGCGUCACUAUCUUCAGGGCUUGA